CUUGGACGCAAGCCCAGCCGACCACCAUGAAGCGAGUCGCUGACAAUCAGCUCACCAAGGACGACGACGGCGACAGCGGUGAUGACGUUCAGGAAGUAUCCCAGGGCUUCCAGAAAGCGGACGAAUCAGUUCUCGCAACCAGGCAGAUACGUGCUCUGCCUAAGCGGUCCUUAGCGGGGGCAGCCGCAAAGGCCACAUCUUUCAAUGGCUUUGCGUCUGCGCCCACUCCUGCUGCUGCAGGUCCAGACAAGGAAGUCCCAGCUCUCCCAAAAUUUGCAAGUUUUGCCGGCUUCGGGUCUUCCACACCUUCAAGCCCGUUCACCUUCACAGUGCAACCACCUCCGACGGCCCCGACUCCCUCAUCUGCACCUUCUUCUGCAGCAGGAUUCAACUUUCACUCUACCCUUAAACUACCGCAGUCUAGCACCUCGUCAGACUUUCCCAAUGGCACAUUACCAACGCAGUCAACACACUCCACCGGAGGAGCGAAUGGUGACGCCACUGCGUUGAAGUAUUACAAGUCACUCAGGGGGUUGAACGUAUCAUUUCUCUCCGCUAUCUCCAAAGCUAUCGAACAAGAUCCUUUUGCUGAUGUUGUUGGCCUUCUGGAGUCUUACAAGAAUCUCCGAAUGACAGUGCAAUCUGAGUUUGACAGCAAUUCUAAGCAUUCCACUACCUCAUCAUCCACACCUGGGCCCUCCGCAAUAACUACAGAAACUCCCGCUCCUGUCUCCCAGUUUGUGAUGCCAAAGCCUCCAUCGGCCUUUCCUAGCUUGCCAGCCACUGCCUCGACUUCAACGAGCGACAACCGAUUCAGUGUUACACCAGCUAUAAAAACCAGUCCAUUUUCUUUCUCACUUCCUACGACCUCGUCGUCCACGGCACCGUCUUUCGGUCCCAGUCCAAAAGCAAACGACCUUUCAGCUCAACCCUCAUCAUCAGCCUCCGAACCUCCUAAGUCGGCUUUUACCUUUGGGACUUCUAAAGCCGACGAAUCAAAUACAUCGAAACCAUCUUUCUUCGCUUUCGGGACGACUGGUUCCCUAAGCUCCAAACAAAAUCCUUUCGACUCGUCAACAAAUCCAUCCGAGAUACCACCGCUCUCUGCUUUCAAAUCCAGCUCAGAUGCUCCCAACUUUUUCGCUACGUCCAAAGUACCCAGCACAACAUCUGAUAUCGGCACUAAAACCACAACAACGUUCGGCACUUCGACCUCGAUCUUCGGGAGCAAUGUCGAUGGUGGCAAACCACCACUGUGUACCCCAUCGACGGGGAGCGACAUCACUGAAGCCGGAGACAAAGUAGAUGCCAGUAAGGAACCUCCUAAGACGUUUGCUACCAGUCUCUUCGGUGGUAGCUUUUCCGGAAACCCGAGCAGCUUGCCAACUGCUGGUGCUUUCUCGUCGGAACAACCCAUCAGUGUGUUCGGAGCUUCACCGCAGAAACCAAGCGUAUUUGGCUUCGGAAAGCCUGCUGGAAGCAUCGGAAAUCCGGUUGGUUUCGGGUUUGGUGCACUAGCGCCGAAAGCUGGUGAUAGCGGUGGACCUACGAACUCUUUGAGACGGUCACCUGCCGUUUCUCCUCCGCCUACUGAAAAGUCAGGAGAGUCCACCCCUCAGCCCGAGGCCAAUGAAGAAACUCCCCCUGCAGAGGAUGACCCUGCAAAGUCGCUGACUACUGCCACUCAUGAUGAGGAGGGUGAAGGCGAAGAAGACGAAGAGACGGUGCACGUUGUGAAAUGUAAAAUCUUUAAAUUAACCAAGACAGAUGAUAAGAACGAAUGGAAGGACCUUGGCAUAGGUAUGCUUCGUUUGAAAAAGCACAAAGAAAACAACGCCCGGCGUGUCCUCAUGCGAAACAGUCACACCGGAAGAAUUCUCCUUAAUUUUAGGUUGUUCAGUGGUCUCAAGCCCUCUUUGGCAAAAACGUCGAUCGCGUUCGUGGGUCACGAGAACGGAGCGCCAGCGUCUUACAGAAUACGAGUGAAAACAGAAUCACAAGCGGUAAGUUUGAAGGACGCGAUGGAUCGAGAAAUUGCUGCUUCCCAAGCAACUUCAUGAGCCCAGUUCUAUCCUGCUGCUGUUAUAUACCGAUCAUGCUGGUCACACAUACACAUCACCAUAUGCUUUCUGCUCCGCGUUUAGUUACGACAUAAUCAUUAAUGAGCUACCUAGCAUUGAGGUGACUCUGUGCAUUGUGCCAAAUUGAGCAAAGCACAAAAGCUUCACUAAGGAGCAACUCAAUCUCGUGGUCCCCCCAAUCCUGGGUGGGUGGAGAUUGAAGAAACAUGAUUAUACCCUAGGGCUCGACUGUCACCACUAUGAAUGGACUUUGUUUAAGGUGUACUUGCCUGGAAGUCC